AGCCACUCUGAUUGUUGAGAUACGAUGCAGCUAACUUAAUCUCAUAAAUUCAUGGGAUGUAUGUAACAGUUAGACAGAGAAAUGUAAGUGUGCUCCCACAUACAGUAUUAGAAUAUCGCAGCACUUCUUACACCACUGCUCCCAUGAGUGUGGAGCUGUGUGCUACAAAAGCCUGAAAUAUUUUACAGCUGAAAACUGUUUUCCAAAGUAGAACAGGUUGUAAGCGAGGCUGCGUUUGUGAAUGAGGAAACACAGUUCAGAGAGUCAGCGCUGCUCCUCGUCCUGGAAUUAAUCAGAGUUUGAUAAGCCCUCCCUCUUCUUCCUGCUCUCACACACAGCCAGCUCCACUCUGUGUUUCCUGGUUCCUCCCCUUUAGAUCUACACUGAGGAGGAUGGGUGUAACAACAUGCGGGUAAAGAACAAGAGCUGACAGACCACAUUCACUGCACACACACAUGCUGUUCAGAUCACAGCUCACACUAGUUUCAGCUCUCAGGAAGUGAAACUCAGACACUCGCUGCCACUGAGAGGAGAAAUGGAGCAGAAAGGAGUUCAGCUGGACCGGGAAACCUUCUCUUGUCCCAUCUGUCUGGAUCUACUGAAGGAUCCGGUGACUAUUCCCUGUGGACACAGCUACUGCAUGGAGUGUAUUAAAGGCUUCUGGGACGGAGAGGAUGAGAAGGAAGUCUACAGCUGCCCUCAGUGUAGGCAGAGCUUCACACCGAGGCCUGUCCUGCUGAAAAACACCAUGUUAGCAGCUUUAGUGGAGGAGCUGAAGAAGACUGGCCUCCCAGCUGCUCCUGCUGAUCACUGCUAUGCUGGACCUGAAGAUGUGGCCUGUGAUGUCUGCACUGGGAGAAAACUGAGAGCCAGUAAGUCCUGUCUCAUGUGUCUGGCCUCUUACUGUGAGAAACACCUCCAGCCUCAUUAUGACGUAGCUCCAUUAAAGAAACACAAGCUGGUGGAGCCCUCCAAGAAGCUCCAGGAGAACAUCUGCUCUCGUCACGACGAGGUGAUGAAGAUGUUCUGCCGUACUGAUCAGCAGUGUAUCUGUUAUCUCUGCUCUGUGGAGGAACAUAAAGGCCACGACACAGUGUCAGCUGCAGCAGAGAGGACUGAGAGGCAGAGAGAGCUGGAGGGGAGUCGACAAAACAUCCAGCAGAGAAUCCAGGAUGGAGAGAAGGAGGUGAAGCUGCUUCAGCAGGAGGUGGAGGCCAUCGAUCGCUCUGCUGAUAAAGCAGUGGAGGACAGUGAGAAGAUGUUCACUGAGCUGAUCCGUCUCAUGCAGAAGAGAAGCUCUGAUGUGAAGCAGCAGGUCAGAUCCCAGCAGAAGAGGGAAGUGAGUCGAGUCAAAGAGCUUCAGGAGGAGCUGGAGCAGGAGACGGCUGAGCUGAAGAGGAGAGACGCUGAGCUGAAGCUGCUCGCUCAAACAGAGGAUCACAACCAGUUUCUGCACAGCUACCCCUCCCUGUCAGCCCUCAGUGAACCCACACACUCAUCCAGCAUCAACAUCCGUCCUCUGAGAUACUUUGAGGACGUGACGGCGGCCAUGUCAGCAGUCAGAGACAAACUACAGGACGUCCUGAGAGAGGAAUGGACAAACGUCUCAGCGACUGAAGGGGAUGUUUUACUGUCACCAGCAGAGCCUACCACCAGAGCUGGGUUCUUAAAAUAUUCACAGGAAAUCACACUGGAUCCAAACACAGCAAACACACACCUGUUAUUAUCUGAGGGGAGCAGAAAAGCAACAGGAGUGAUACAACAACAGUCUUAUUCUAGUCACCCAGACAGAUUCACUGUAUAUCGUCAGGUCCUGAGUAGAGAGAGUCUGACUGGAUGUUGUUACUGGGAGGUGGAGUGGAGCGGGAGAGGAGUUUUUGUAGCAGUCUCAUACAAGAAUAUCAGCAGAGCAGGGGGUGAAAGUGUAUUUGGAAACAAUGACAAAUCUUGGUCGUUAUAUUGUAAACAAAACAGUUAUACAUUUCGUUACAACAACAUCAGCACUCCCGUCUCAGGUCCUCGGUCCUCCAGAGUAGGAGUGUACCUGGAUCACAGAGCAGGUAUUCUGUCCUUCUACAGCGUCUCUGAAACCAUGACUCUCCUCCACAGAGUCCAGACCACAUUCACUCAGCCGCUACAUGCUGGACUUUGUCUUAAUUAUCAUGGAGACACAGCAGAGUUGUGUAAACUGGAAUAGCCUGAAGUCCUUUGAGGAGCUCUUCUUAAACUCAUGGUGUGUCCAUCAUUGUUGCUGAGAGCUGAUUGGUCGUGUCUCCACUGCACAGAGAUCAGCUGUCAAUCAAACACUGUGGGCGGGCCUUUAACCUCUCCUCCUGAGUUGUUCUGUAAAUGUUGGAGCUUCUUUAGGCGGCGCUCCUUCCUGUGUCUGUUUAUCCAUGGAGGCUGUCACUGCUCUGGAGGAUUCCUGUUAACCUGAACUCACAUUUCUCUGCAUGGAAAUGUAAACUCUGCUCUAAAUAUUUGUUGGAUAUGAUUAUUGAUGCUUUUAUAUUUUCAUAUUUCUCUUUUAAUGCUCGGGUCUUAAGAGAGAAAGCACCAGAGCUUCUUUCAUUGUACAUAUUUUAUUCUCACUACUCUGGAAAAAAAAGAGGCAUUUAUAACGACGUGUAUUUUUCACAGACUAAAUGUUAUCGUUGUUGUCAACAUGUUAACAAAAGAGGUACUCUGAGGUUUAUAACACAUAUUUCAUUAAACAAAGUCCUUUUAAAAUGAUAGUAAUCACCAUUAAGAUCAUAAUCAAUAAGUAAAUCAUGUAUUUUAUUUUAAUUAGCUCAGAUUUUGGUCAGACAAAUUGAUUGUGGGGGAAAAAGUUCAAAGUAAUAAAAAGUAAGACAUGUAGAAACACAGAAAGCUCUAGAAAAUUGUCAAAUGUCACAUUUCAAACAUCCCGUAGAGCAGGGGUCUCAAACAUACAGAGAAAACAUCACCGGAAAUUUUGACAACUGUUAUGUAUUUUAUAUGUUUAUAUUUUAUACAUUUACAAGACAGGGGGAUAACUCAACCUUCCUCCUUAACAGUUCCCACUGUAGUUUGUAUGGUGGUGUGUCAGGAUUACUACACAGGUGUGGAAAUGAAUGUAAAAUAAUUUCUUGCGUAGUAAAGUUGUUUUGAUCUAAAGUAAAAUAUGAUAUCGUUCAGUUCCAGAUACCUGAGACUAAAUGUUUGGUGCCUUUGUAGAUACACUGUGAUCUGUAAGCUGUAAAUGAUAAACUGAGGCAUUAAAUUGUUGAAAUUGCA